CAUAGUGUAACCAGCAACGAAACUUUCCCGACACAUGUGGAGCAGUCAACUAUACUAGUGUAAAAGAAUGAAAAGCAACGAAUUUCAUCUUGAAGUUAGGGAUGAAAACACAGAAUGUGGCAUUGGGAGAUUUCGACCGAAAUUUCUACAGCAUUUUGCGAACAUCAAUGCCUUUGUUGGGGUAUACAGUGCCGUAAGCAUGGUAUCGCAGAUUCUGUCCGUCUAUGUUAAUACACAGGUACCCAAUCUGGAGCGACAAUUCGGAUUAAGCAGUGCCCAAAGCGGCCUUGUAAUGGGCUUUAAUGACAUAGGGUUUUUCGCGGUUGUCUAAUUCAUUUCGGCAGCUGCCCGGUACGUUCACAUUCCCCGGAUGUUAUUUGUUUGCAUAUUGUCGUAUGGAUUCUCCGGGUUAAUCUGCAGUAUCCCCCACUUCGUCGCAGUUUCCAGAGGUCUGUUGCCUGUUCUCAACUUAGACUCAUCCAUCAAUAAUGUAAGUAAAGACAACAGCAAUACUACACUUCUUUGUAAGCCCAAGUUGAAUUUGACUGACAAUGUUUGUGAAUCUGAUACGGACGACUCCGCGAAUGUCUUGGCAGCGCCGAGUUAUUCCAUUAAAGCUCUUGCACUGUCGUUGAUCGGGAUCGGGAUGACGCUACAAGGCAUUGGGAAAGCUCCAAGAGGUCCGUUUUACCUGGUGUACAUCGAUGACAACGUUGAGCGAAGGAAGACUGGAUUCUACACAAGUAUUGCAAUUGCGACAUCUGUUUUCGGUCCGGCAUUAGCAUUUGGAGUCGGGGGAUAUUUCAGCAAGAUUUAUGUGACUCUAGAAGAUGUUGAUAUGAACCCACGAGACCCGCGCUGGAUCGGAGCGUGGUGGCUGGGCUUUGUAGUAUUUGGAGUUAUUUCCAUCUUCCUGGCAUCACCUCUCGCUCUCUUUCCUAGACAGAUGAAAAUAUCCGCGAAGGCCAUCGCUAAGGGCAAAGUACAAGAAAGGACAUUGGUAGAAAAAUGCUCAUUGUCGGAAAAAAUAAAAUUGAGUCUGACAUCGUAUAGCAGAAUAGUGCGGAAUCCGAUUUAUAUACUGAUUUGUGCCGGCCAAGUCUUUAACAUUAUGUCAUCUGGAGGAUGGUCUGGCUUCUCAUCAAAAUUCCUGAUGACGCAUUUCAACAUCCCUCUAUCUCUGGCGAACUACAUAUUGGCUUGUGCUAAUAUAGGAGCAAUUGCUACUGGAUCUUUUUUGGGAGGACUCCUCACAAGGAAAAUAGCAAUGACUCCAAGAAAUACUUAUAGGAUGAUAACUUCCUUCUACGUCAUCAGCAUGACUUUCCUUGGUCUCGCAAUGUUAAUGAGUUGUCCUCAACCGACAAUUGUUGGUCCGAAACUGGAUGUCCCUGGCUACGUAGAUGUAACGUCACAGAAUUGUUCACUUGAUUGCUCUUGUCGAGAUGACGAUUUUUACCCUAUUUGCGGUUCCAAUAAGGUUAAUUACCAUUCCCCGUGUUUUGCCGGGUGCCAGGAAUUACUGAGAAAUGGUCGUAUGUUCACUAACUGUUCCUGCAUACCUAAUGGUCGGGCGGAGGCUGGGUUGUGCGAAGACGUCUGUCCUAACCUCACACCAUGGGUCAUUUUCAUCUUUCUGUCAAGCAUAACGGCGGCAAUGAAAAUCGCACCUACCCUCAUUGCCAUCAUAAGGUCUGUUGAGGACAGAGACAAAGCAUCGGCGCUAGGACUGAGUAGCUGUCUAUCAGCCGGACUUGGCUGGGCUUUGUCGCCAAUAUUGUUUGGCAAAAUGCUGGAUAGUACCUGUUAUUUAUGGCAGUUUCCUUGUUCAUCAUCCGGGGCGUGUGAAUUGUAUGACCUCCGGCUGUUCCGCCUGUCAAUCCAUGGUCUUUCUCUUGCCAUUAGAUGUCUAUCAUUGCUUUGUUUAUCAUGUUUGAUGAUAAUAACAAGAAAUUGGGAGGACUGGGCAUUUUCCAAUAAAAAUCAAGUCUUAAAGAAGGAAUCGGACAUGAAAUAUACGAAAGUUCCAUCUGAAGAUAUCAAAACUCCUAGCGAACAACAGAAUACAGUUGACGAUUGACUUUGUAGAAGACCGGAUAAUAAAUGAGAACUUUACUUACGGAAUUUCGCGCCUAAGUUUCUGAGAAUACAGGAUGUUAUAUAGUUAUGAAAUGGUCCAAACGUGUUAUAUAUUCAAUACCGACACUUUUCCGGUUGACAAAACUAUUUUGAUUCAAAUUUUGAAAGCGUUUAAAAAGGACUACAUUUUGUAUUAGAAGGCUUAUUUAAUCAAAAAGAUCUAAAGAUGCACGAUUUACAGUUUCUGUUUUAUCCAAUACAUAUGUAUAUCAUCAAUAUUUAUGCAUGUAAAUAUAUAUUUCAAUUUUUUAGUUUAUGAUACAAGUAGUAGAGAUUUUGAACAAAUUAAAAUGUUGACAAUGAAAUGGAUACGAUAACAUACUGUUGCGCAAUAACAAGCACACCCCAGUUUUUCUUUCUAAUGUCAUAAUUCUCCUUCUAUGUGGAAAUUUAAAGAUUAACAAAAUUAUAAAACUCAUGCGUAAACCUCAUGGAUACUAUAUUUCCUUAUCUAGAACAGUGGAAACAUUCUCCACCUGAUGUGCCUGUCCUCUUAACCUACAUCAGCCAACUUUAUUUAUGGGGUGAUUUUAUGCACGUCCAACAUUUAGAAAUACUAGUAAUAGCUCAUGUCCCCUAAUCACCUUCAUCGAAAGGUGUUUUUUUUUCACGUUAACGCAUAUUUUUUUUCCGCGGAUGAGGAAACUUCAUAAAAAUAAGAAAGCGCCAUUAUAUCCACUCGUAUUGAUAAAACACGUGUUAAUUCAGACAAAUAAUGUAGUGUAAAUAAACCGAAUAUUCCAGUAGCCAAGGGCUAUGAGUACCCGGCAUCCGAUAGCUGUGUUUACAGAGUGAAAUGUGAAGAUAACGAACAGUGAUCAAUCUCAUAACUCCUACAAGAGUAUGUAGAAAUAUCGCAACAAGUUACGUUUGACAGAAUACGGUAAAUUAAAUAAAAGAUACAUUGCACAUUUAAUAAUUAUUACAUAUUUAUGUCAUCAAAAUACAUUUUACAUGUGUAUACCAUAUUGCGACAUUCUGUGCGUGUACGUAUGCUUGUAGGAAUCAAAUUUUGGCUAUGUCAAGAAAGAGCUAAUGUAUGACCCUAUUUAAUAUGAAAAAAAAAUGAUCGACUACAUACAUAUACAUACGUACAUAUACAUUAUUUUCGUAUGUAACUUUAAAGAUGGGGGUCCUGUGUUGCGGUUGGCAUUGUCAUGUUAAAGAACCCUCACUGAUAUUACUCUGAGCGCUCAGACGUAGGUCAAAAUUAUUUGGUACUUCAUCUACAAUCUGUUAGUGAUAAAUUCCCGACGGAGCGUAAAGCAAACAUACAUGAAUGAUAGCGAUGAAUUAAGUCCUAAUUAGGAAAAAGACAAAGUGUGAAAAUAUUUCUUGUUUACGCAGUCUUGUCUAUAACGCAACUCAUCAUUUUCCACAAAAAUAUGAGUUAAUUAUGACAUCAUCAGCUUCAGGAAAUAGUUUUAUUAAUCAUAAAAGUAAUAAAAACAUUUAUCAACUAGUACAAUCUAAUUAAAUCAGAUCCGAAGAUACGCUCACAAUCGCAGAGUAUACGGCUCGGAAGAUUUUAACUGUCUACGAGUGUUGAAUAGAGAAAUCAUACCGAGGAGACACGAUUCGCCGUCCAAUAAAAAACUUUUCAGAGUCUUACACAGCGAAUUCUAGUCCAGAGGUGGGAUUUUCCAAUCCCGUUCGAGUAAUUAAUGAAUGAUUAUAAUAUUUUUCUCCACAUUUUACUCACUGUUUAGAGCAUACAUUUUGGAGAUUUGGGAAAAAUCAAACUUAUCAAAAUCUUCACUUGAGCUUCAAUGCAAAAAUAUUUAGACAGGCAAAAAGAACCUAUCCCAAAAUGAUUUACAUUGUAAGUGUAACCUAAAAAACCAAGAUUGUCCCCCAGAAAGCUAUAUCAAAUUGAAAUUUAAAGAAAACAGUACAAAAUAUUUUAAUUCACAGUGUAUUAAGAAAUAAAUUUUAUCAUUCUUUUCUUGAUGGCAGUGCCAUAGGGUAAAAUGGGCUGAAAACGUUUACAACAAUGCGCUAGUUUCAUUUCUUAUCAGUUAGUUAUGUUUUGAAUAAUAAAACAAAUAGUUUCUGUC